GUGUGGAGGAGUGACUCAGUUGUAUAAAAGCACAGCCUGAGAGUGUGUUCUUUAGGUUCCUCCUUAUUUUUUCCCGAACACUUCUGUGUCAAAAAAAACGGCAAUAAACAAGAAGAGGAGGAAACUUUUUAUCCUGAUCGGACAACCAUGAUGUUUCCCUGCAGCGCUCUGCCGCCUCCUCUCUACCCGGGCUUACUGCGUCCCCCUGCGGCUCUCUCCCCGUCCCUCACCCGCUCACUCCCCUCAGGCUUCCUGGUACAAGACAUCCUCCGACUGAGCCAGCCUGUCACUUACAUACAUCGGACUUUCUCAUCCAGAAGCCCCGGGGAUCUCGUGGCGCUGAGCCCGGGGCCAGACGCUUCUCCCCGGGUGUUGGAAGCCAGCACAGAGCGCUGUCUGCUUCAGAGCUCCAGCCACCCGAGCCGAGGCAGCCCGGGCUCUCCGCAGACUGCCUGCCCGGACUCCGGCCACCUCAAGUUCGGCGUCAGUGCCAUACUGGCACCGUCCACACGCAGCGUCCAGAGCUUCCAAACUCCGAAGUCCUUCCCUUUGCCUUUGUUCGACGGAAACCUCCAUCCCUUCAUCAGAGCUUCCUACGUCACAGCUUCCUCCUCUGUGGUUCCUGUCCCAGGUACAUUUUCAUGGCCCCUGGCCCCAAGAGGGAAGCCCAGGAGAGGCAUGCUGAGGCGGGCUGUGUUCUCAGACCUCCAGAGGAAAGCCCUGGAGAGAACCUUCCAGAAGCAGAAAUACAUCAGCAAACCAGACAGGAAGAAACUUGCCAGUAAACUGGGACUUAAAGACUCCCAGGUGAAGAUAUGGUUUCAGAACCGCAGGAUGAAAUGGAGGAACUCAAAAGAGAGGGAACUGCUGUCGACGGGUGGCUGUCGCCAGCAGACCCUCCCCACCAAAACCAACCCCCACCCAGACCUUACUGAUGUAGGCAGCACCUACUGCCACAGGCUGGACAGGACUGUCCCAACCUGCCAAGGACAGCUGGACAGCCAGGAGCCACAUCUCCACCACCACCACCACCAUCACAGUCCUUCUUCUCCAUCAGAGUCCAGCAAACAGUCGGAGCUCUCAGAGUCAGACAGUGAAGAAAUCACAGUUUCAUAAGACUUUGAUAGAUUUCUAACAGUCCACUAUAACGUCACACCGUCAGUUGUGAAGGACGACAGGAUAAAAAGUUAGAAACUGGUAAAUGGAAGGAAAUACCAUAAGUGUUUGUACA